AUGCUACGACGUUGGGCUUCGACCGUCGCACUCGCUUCGUCUUUCCACCUCAGCCGUUGCCUACACAUCCCUCCCAGUUCCAUCAAUGAGUCUCUUCGCUGCCAUUACGACUACGUUAUCGUCGGUGGUGGUGCUUCAGGCUUGGUCGUAGCAAAUCGACUCAGCGAGGAUCCAAAUGUGACGGUACUAGUGCUGGAGGCUGGAACACUUGAUACGGGAGGGGCAAAGGUGACGAUUCCAGCGGAGAUAGGAGACACCCUCUGGACAGACUACGACUGGAAGCUUCACACUGUCCAACAAGAGUACCUUAACAACAGGAAUGUUGCACUCAAUCAAGGCAAAGUCGUCGGUGGAGGCACCAUUCUUAAUGGGAUGGUGUGGACUCGAGGCUCGGCCAGGGACUACGACGCCUGGGGAGAUCUCAACGAUGUGGAAGGCCGGUCGAGUGGGUAUAGCUGGCGGUGGGAAGACCUGCUCCCUUAUUUUCAGAAGAGCGAGAACUUUACUUUGGACAUGGAUGUCGCGACCACAUCGAGAUUCAACAUUCGUCCAAAUGAGGAAUUCCACGGAGAUGAGGGACCUGUGUCUGUUGGCUAUCCUCGAUUUAUUUACAACCAAUCUGGCAACUUCUUAGAUGGCAUGACAGAGUUGGGAUUGCCCCUCGCGGCCGAGCCCAACGACGGAACAUGUGUUGGUGCCAUGAUCAACCCCUCCAGCAUGAACGCACAGAACCAGUCGCGGUGUGACAGUCGCACAGCAUACCUCGAUCCAGUGAUAGACCGUCCCAACCUGCACAUCGCAACGGAACAGAUGGUCACACAGGUGCUCUUGGAGGAGGUAGCCAACCCGGAUUUGGGUGACGGCGAAUCAACAUUUGAUCGGGUACAGAGGGCCAUCGGGGUUGAGUUCUCACACUCAAAAUCCAGCCCCAGGACGAAUAUAACCUGCUCGAGGGAGGUCAUUCUGGCAGCUGGUGCCAUCUUUUCCCCCACGAUUCUGCAAUUGUCCGGCAUAGGUCCUGGAGAUGUACUCAGGUCUUUGAAUGUCACCGUACGACUCGACCUACCUGGGGUGGGUGCGAACUUGCAAGAUCACGGCAUGUUACAUCCUGUAUAUUCAUACACGAAUGCCUCCUUGAUCACCGCCAAUUCCAUCGAGGCUGACAAUGAUUCUCGGGCCGCCGCUCUAAAUGAAUACGAAAUUCACCGCACAGGCCCGUUGACGGCACCUUUGAUCAGCACGAUCGCGUUCCCAGCCAUGCGCCACUUCGCAGACGACUGGGUGGAACUCAUAGACGCCGCCGAGCAACGCAACAUCGACCAGACCUUGGCGCCGGGCACCCCGGCCACCGUCAGGGCGGGCUACCUCGCCCAGCGCAAGUACCAGAUCCCCCUGCUGCGCAACCCGACCGAGGGCGCGGUCGAGAUCCUCGCCGACUCGAUCGGGACGCUGUCCGUGGCCAUGCAGCGGCCCCUGUCCCGCGGCACGGUGCGCCCGUCCUCGCGCGACAUCUUCGACAUCCCGCCGCUCGUCGACCCGCGCUACUGCUCCGAGCCGUUCGACUGCCUCGUCCUCGCGCGGGCGCUGCUCUUCAACUGCGCCCUGGUCCGCACGCGCGCCAUGGCGGAGCUGCAGCCCGUCGCGCAGGGGCCCUACUUCUGCCCGGCCGACCUGGCCGACCAGAGGAACGUCACCGACAGCAGGAUGCUGGAGCUGGCCAGGCAGUACCUCGCCACCGAGUUCCACCCGUCCGGGUCCACAGCCAUGCUGCCCCUUGACCUCGGCGGGGUGGUGGACACCGAGCUGAGGGUGUACGGGACGCAGGGCCUGAGGGUCGUCGACGCUGGGGUGAUGCCGAUGGUGCUCGGCGCGCACCUGCAGGCUGCUGUUUAUGCGAUAGCCGAGAGGGCUGCUGACAUUAUCUCUGGCAGCGAUACAGAUAGUGAUGAGGAGGUUUGUCUCGACGAGUGGAACGCGUGA